AUGGCAGUGUACCGCUUUGCGAAGGCCGAGGCUUCGAAUGGUGCUGUUUCGGACAGUCUGGGCGAGGACUCCUUGAGGAAGGCGGCUCGGAUCGAGUAUGCCAUCAAGGCGGCCUCUGCCGCCUCGGUGGAUCCGAAUCAUCCGGAGCUCUCGAAGGCCUGGCAGCUGGCCUACGACUUGCGGGCGCACAGAGCCUUCCGGUACUGCUUGAACUUGAUGAAGUCCAUUGAGCAAAACACCCUGGGCUCCGCGGGGCAGGUGGCCAACGAGAUCGACCAGGUGGUCCAGGAGGCCUCGGAGGUCUACGGAGUGCCCAAGGACCACAAGUGGAUGGAGGAAGCAAGGCGGCUGGUGCUGCAGGCUCGAUCCGAAGAGGCCAAGGUGAAGCGAAAGGAGGAUGCUGCUAGGAGAAAGAGGACGCCAGCGUGA